AUGGAUAAUCCUCCCGAAAAUGAACAGAGUGAUGAAGAUAUGUCUGACAAUAAGAUGAUAGCGAACGAGCAAAUGCCCACAACUUCAUCUGGAAGUGGAAACAUCGAAAUUAUAUUAAACGAUAAUUCUUCAGACGACGUCAAUUUUGAUGAACUGGUGGCAGAGCAACAAAAAGAACAUACCUUCUCAGACUAUGUAGAGAGAAAGUCAACUGACGUUAGUAUCGUUAAAUUUAAAAAUAUAGUUAGGGAAAUGGAAAGUUUUGUUUACAGAUGGAGCCACAUUGAAAACUGA